AUAGAUCUACGGACCUCAGUGUGUAAGCUGAGUGCGCUACCAAUCUAGCUACGGGAAUCAGCUUCCUCAUAUCAUCGCGCAUCAACCAGAAUAAGAAAUGGCAUCACAAAAACUGUCAUAAAGGGUAACUGCCCAUCCCAAUAAUCCACUGAACCAGGGGUUGUGAACUUAUAAACGAGACAUUUCUAAGAGUAAGAAGAAUAAAGGCGACCACCAGUAAAAGCUGCCCCUGUGGGACGACACCUCGUCUUCAUGUAGAACUUAAUGACACCGGAUGCGAGGACUGCUACAAUUUAAACAAUGGUGUCUCACCUUAGGACUCCACCUUGCCUGCUAUAUAUAAGUAGAUCUCCCCGACCACCUUAGACAGUAGUGACGAGGACGCUGUGUUCAGUUACACUCCGCACUAGGCACUAAUACUGUCUUCAGAUUAAUAUUCACUUUUACACUGGUUAUAUAACUUGAUCCUGUAAGACUAUAUACAUGUGUGCAUCGAAGAUAGAAGUCACUCGAGUUUAGGGAAGGAGGAUCAAGCCUCCGGGACUCCUACCGGAGUAUUGCCUACAGUCAGAGUAUUAUUUUACAUGAUCUUACUGUCGGGCAUCAGUAAGCUGUUAAGUUAGCCACUAUCCCGGAUUUAAGGCUGUAAACUAGCCUAGUUUUCAGCUUUCCCAUUUCUUAGUGAGACGAAGGGAAAUGUCAGCCAGGGCAGUGUAUGUGGUGUGGGUGCUGGUGGUGUUGCCCGCUGUUAUCAUGGUGUCUCAGGCAGCACACGGUGUUACAAGCCUACAACACGGUGUUACAAGCCUACAACACGGUGUUACAAGCCUACAACACGGUGUUGCAAGCCUGCAACACGAUGCACAAGACUACCAUCGUGACGGAAAAUUUUUAAACCUGCAGUUGUUCCCGUUCGUCUCUGUGAAGGUGCAGGCCACAGAGUGUACAUCACAGUCGGAUAAUUUCACUGGUACUUGUACCUCUAGGCCACAGUGUACCAGUCAGAAAGGUCGAGCUGACGGUACCUGUGGCAGUGGCUACGGUGUCUGUUGCGUCUAUAACGCACAGUGCGGCUCCACAGUCUCUAGGAAUUCCACAUACUUGGUUAAUGAUGGCUACCCCACAACCUUCAACGCUAUUAAUAACUGCCAGUACACCAUAGAGAAGGUGAGUGCUGACGUGUGUCAACUACGGUUGGACUUCGAAGUUCUACGUCUGGUUGGUCCUGACAACACAACUCAGUGUAGUGAUGACACCCUCGCUGUGACGGGCGCCAGCGGUGCGAACCCCAGCGUUAUCUGUGGCGACAACUCUGGCCAGCAUAUGUACCUGGGCCUGGCUAGCGGUACCAGGGCAGCCAGGGUCAACAUUGCAACCACCACCACUGGUUACGACCGCUCCUGGAGGAUCAAGGUCAUCCAGAUCCCCUGCUCCUCCCCCAGCAGAGCGCCGCCCAACUGCCUCCAGUACUACACUGAAUACUCCGGUACUGUCAAGUCCUUCAACUUCCAGACAGCAGGUGGAGGAAAACAGUUAGCAAACCAGUUGUAUACUGCUUGCAUCAGGACGAGGGAAGGCUUCUGCGGUAUUAGGUAUACUAGUAACGCCUUCAAUGUUUCCGCUGCUGGUGUAACUCCCUGCGUCACGGACUUCGUGUUGAUCCCUACGGUGGCCAAGAAUGGCACUGCAGCAUCUACUGACCGUCAGUGUGGGACUACCUUCACCGAUGUCAUAACUUAUUCAACACCUUUUGAGGUGCGGGUCGUGACAGAUGACAAGGAAUCUGCCGGUGUUAACAGCACUGGCUUCUCUAUUAGCUACACCCAGAUACCCUGCUGAGUCUGCUGUCUCCUCUGCUCUACUCCACAACCUAUUGAGUUUGCUGUCUCCUCUCCUCUACACCACAACCUGUUGAGUCUGCUGUCUCCUCUCUACACCACAACCUGCUGAGUCUGCUGUAUCCUCUGCUCUACACCACAACCUGCUGAGUCUGCUGUCUCCUCUCCUCUACACCACAACCUGCUGAGUCUGCUGUCUCCUCUGCUCUACACUACAACCUGCUGAGUCUGCUGUCUACUCUGCUCUACACCACAACCUGCUGAGUCUGCUGUAUCCUCUGCUCUACACCACAACCUGCUGAGUCUGCUGUAUCCUCUGCUCUACACCACAAACUGCUGAGUCUGCUGUCUCUGCUCUACACCACAAACUGCUGAGUCUGCUGUCUCCUCUGCUCUACACCACAAACUGCUGAGUCUGCUGUCUCCUCUGCUCUACACCACAAAUUGCUGAGUCUGCUGCCCUCUAGUCGUUUCAUUGGGUUGAGCCGGCCACUCUACUGGACACCACAACCUGGCGUGAACCCCAGUAGAAAUAAGCCAUAUUACUCAUAACCAAACAGUUAACUAUGGAUAAACUAGACAUGUAAGGAGAGACGUGAGCAGAGACCUGAGCAGAAACGUGAGCAGAGACAUGAGCAGAGACGUGUGAGCAGAGACGUGUGAGCAGAGACGUGUGUGCAGUGACAGGGGCCACACACUAAAUUACUAUAUCUUAGAUUUCUCAAACAAAAAUCCCACUCUCCAGAAACACGUAAAUUAUUUCGUUGUUAAUAAGAUAUCAGAAAUCUAAAGAUUGUAUGGUGGGUGAAGGACCAGUUGCCUGACGAGUCUGUAUUCAGGAAUAUUAACCCAUGUUUGCAUAAUACUGAUAAUUAAAAUGUAGAGAAUUUAUCCAUGGAUUGGUCUAAACUUGUCGAUAUUUCAACCAGUACUGGACCACUGUCAGGCCAAGUUGAUACUAGGUAAGGAAAUGUUUGUCAGGAAACAGGACAAGUGUUUCCUGACGCGGGUCUUAGUCAUAUGAUGACCCACAGCUGGAACUUUUGGUCAUCUGACUAAGGCCUUCCACUGGCUUACCCCUCCACCCCUUUAAAAAUUAUGGUUUUGGUUAGUUGAUACUGGUCCAGUACCGACCGAAGCAAAAUAUUCUCACUUUUAUUCUUCAGUUAGUUUAAUAUCUAUUAUGCACCCUACACCCAUCCUGUGGGCGGUAGUCAAAAGACUCUGUAAUUAUCUUAGUUUAAUUAACCAAGUGUUUUUCAUCAGUUAUACAUCCUUGUUACUCCAAAUAUCACUUGUUUCAUUCAUCUUGUUAUUACUUAGUUUAUAGCUUUGAAUUGUUGAUGUUAUAAAUUAUAUUUAUUAUUUUGUUACAUUAAUGGAGUAGAAAUAUAUUAAAAGUUA